CGUUUAGAGUAUUUGUCUAGUAAAGCUGAAAAUAUGUAUGAGUGAUGAUCGCGAUCAAUAACAUUGAUAUAAAUGUUGCAACAAUAACAUUAUUAUACAUACAUCAACUGGCUGGUUUAAUAAAAGGUUCAUCGUUUGAAACUUCACAGUUUACUGUUCUUGUAAUUUUUAGCUAUACUUAAUAAAGUCUAAAAAUCUUUUUUUUUUUUAAGUUACAAUAGAUUAACUUGGUUUGAUUAAAUAGCACUCACUUAAGCAAGCACUCACUUAAGUUAUUAGUUUGCUAAAGUUUUUAGAAGAAUAUAAAGAACUUAACAAAAUAAUGUUCGGCAUGCAAUCGUUUAGAAAAAUUUCAAAUAAAGAGAUAACUUACAUCACGUCUGAAGCUUGUAUGAAUAUUUUUGACAGAUGUGAAGAAAAUGUUGAUACAUCUAACGAUACAAAAGAUUUAUCACUAACUGACACAUUUGAUUGUUUAAUAGCAAAAAUGACCAGCCUUCAAUCUGAACUAAAUGAUAUGGUAUUGAACGAAGCAUCACUUAUCAGCAAGAGUAACAAUUCAGAUGCAAUAAAAUGCAAAUUUGAUUACAACUGUUACAAAGCAAAAUUAAGAACUCAGGACGAAUCAAAUUUUUUAUUUCAUUUGAGAAAUGAUUCGUUUGAAAAAAUGAAAUAUAACAAUAAGAAAAAAAAUUCGAAUUUUACAUUUAACCGUGGAAGCCUAAGUGAAGGAGAUUUGACAUCAUAUGAACUUUACAAUUACGACGUUUAUGGAGAAAAUGACAACGUUCUUGUUGAAAGCGAUGAAAAAAGUAUUGAAAUGACGUUAGAUUUAGCAAGAUCAAAUGUGUUUUCAAAGCAAGAAUUCAUUUGCAAAAGUUUUAGCGUUGAUAUUUUUAAUGAAGAUGAAGGUUAUGUAUCAAACAGUAGACGCAAUGGAAUUGAUUUUGAACUUACCAGCGACGAAGAUGCACCUCAUUUUAUGGACUUGAUUCAGUUCACUAAGCAGUACAAAAAGAAACCAUUGGCCAAGCACAUCGCAAAGUCAGUCAAAACUUUCAUGGCUAAAGAUAAAACAAACUCUGGAAGAACUCAACUUUCAAAAGAUUUCAUAAGUCCCAUGUCUUUAAACGAUCAUAAAAAUGCAAAGUUUUUCCAAAAAAGAAUUUUUAUUAAAGGUAAAGGUUCUACUGAACACUCUGACGACUCCACAGAAUACUUUAAGGACUCUGCUGAAUACUUCACUGUUAGUCACAAACAUAAAAACAGACGGUUGAGUAUUACUUUAGUAAAAGAUACCGUAAAAAAAAUAUCAGGAAUAAAAGAAGUUUAUUUAGAUGAAGACGGAAGCGUUGUAAAAAAAAUAGAGAUAAAGAAACUACCCGGACAAUCAUUAGGCUUUUAUAUUCGAUCUGGAAACGGAAUUGACAGGAUUCACGAAGGGAUUUUUGUCUCUCGGGUUACUCUGGGAAGUUUUGCUGAUGUCAACAACUUAUUUUAUGCCGGGGAUGAAAUUUUAAGUGUAAACCAGCGUAAAACCGACAAUCUUUCAUUGGAAGAAGUUAUUGCCAUUAUGCAAGAGUCGAACGAUUUGAACAUAGAAACUAAAUCAGCAAUGGAUUUUUCUACGUAUUUAAAGCCAAGUUUUAAAACAGACAUGGAAGAAACUUCAUUAAAUUUUCAUUCCACGCUACAUGAAGCGCAUUUAAACAGUGGUUUGUUACAUACUUUUGAAAAGCAAUUUGGUAAAAACAAGACGGAAACGAUUAGAAAUGGUGAUAUUUUACGUCAUAAAAGUUUUAAAUCGCCCUUCAAUAACAUUUUAGAAUCUAAAAAGUUUUUAAAAUCGAAACAAAAUAAUGCCGUUUUGGUGAAACCGGUGGAAACAAGUGGUUUUAAGAGAGCAACAGAUAUUGAUUGUUCAGACUCGCUAGAUUUAAACCAAGAUUUUUGCAUUUAUGAGAGCGAAAAGGUUAAUAAUUACGAAAGCAACAAAAUCAAUGUAGAAAAAAAAACCUUUUCUGGAAGUCUCUAUGUUACUAUGCACGAAAUAUCUGGUUGCCGAAAACAUGGUUGUUUUGUAUGCUCUAUUGAAAUAAAUGGUGAAGCUAAAGCAAACGUAUCAGGUAAAAAAAUGCAAGAACAUUUAAAAAUGGAUGAUUCAUUUGAAAUUGAAGUUAACGAUGCAUAUUUAUUAGAAUUAAAAAUAUUCUUUAACAAAAAAGAAAAGCCGAGCGAUAUCGCUAGAAUAUACUUAGGAAAACCGUUAGCAUUCGAAAACCAAGCCCAUAUAAUUCUAAAAACAGCUAAGUAUGGGAUAAAAAUUAAAUUGUCUCUUAAAAUCAUUGGAAUUCACAGCUUUUUAAAGCGCGCACCAUCUAACUCUAAAAAAGGUGUAUUUGGUUUUAAUAUUGAGCAAACUUUAAUUGAUGAUGCCAAUACUAUUCCGCUUAUUGUUAGAAAGUGUGUCCACGAGAUCGAACUGAACGGCAUUUCUCAAGAAGGCAUAUACCGCAUAUGUGGAAACGCAAAAAAGAAAAAGCUACUACGUUCUAAAUUCGAUGAAAAAAACUUUAAAAAUGAAAAUACUGAUGAGUUUGACUGUCACGUAUUUUCUGGAGUUUUGAAAGACUACUUGAGAGAGUUACCCCAGCCAUUAAUUCCACGAAAACUUUUUUUGGAGUUAUACGCGCACUCUCUUCUUGACGAUAAAAAAAGUUGUAACGAUGUAGUUCUUUUAAACGCAAUGAAAAAAGUACAUUAUUCUAAUAGGGCAACAUUAAUUUACUUAAUGGAGCAUUUGCUGAAAGUUGCUUCUAAAAAAGAAGAAAACAAAAUGGAUUUUAAAAACUUAGCUGUAUGCUUCGGUCCCGUAAUGAUGUGCCCUCCAGCAUUAACAACUGGAAUGCUAGAUAUAAAAAAACAAGUUGACGCGUUAGAGUACCUUCUUAAAAUUUGGCCUAAUUCGUUAUCCAAAAACCAAGUUUAGUUGCUUUGUUUGCUUACUUUACUAUAUAUACUACU